CUCAGACGGACGCAGCUCCGCCCGUAUCUCCGUGUCUCUCUCAGUCUGUCUGUGUCUACCUGUCUCUCUUUCUCUGUCUGUCUGUCCGUCCGUCUGUCUACCUGAGUCCCCCUCCCUCAAUCCAUCCCUCCCUCCGUCCCUGUCCUCCCCCCUCUCGGUGCGGACAUGCUCCCGGGGCUCCGGAGAUGAGGCUCCGAAAUGUCUCCUUCCUGACGGUCUUGUUGUUCGGGCUGUGCGGGCUGGUCUCCCUGUCCUGGUACACCGCCUUCAGCAGCUCCAGAGGAGAUGUGGUGGACAUCUACCAGAGAGAGUUCCUGGCGUUGAGGGAGCGCCUCCACUCGGCUGAACAGGAGAACCUGCGGCGCUCCAAAGAGCUCAAUCUGGUCCUGGAGGAGAUCAAGAGGGCCAUCGCCGAGAAACAGGCGCUGAGAGACAUCAACCGCACCUGGAGCAGCCUCUCCGAGGAGACGAGGCUGAAGUUGUGGAAUGUGAGCAGCAGUAAAAACGUCCUGCAGCUUCCCUCCAUCUUCCAUCAUCUUCCUCACCUGCUGAACAGAGAGGACAGCCUGCUGCCCGCUGUGCACGUGGGUCAGGGACGCACCGGAGUCUCCAUAGUGAUGGGGGUUCCCAGUGUGAAGAGGGAGGUCCACUCCUACCUGACCGACACCCUCAGCUCUCUGAUGUCAGAGCUCAGCGCUGCUGAGAAGGAAGACUGUGUCAUUGUCGUCCUCAUAGCAGAGGCUGACCAGCAGUACGCCAGCAGUGUAGCAGACAACCUGAAGCGCCUUUUUCCAGCAGAGAUCCAGUCAGGUCUGUUGGAGGUCGUCUCUCCGUCCGUCCACUUCUACCCCGACUUUUCUCGACUCCGGGAGUCCUUUGGAGACCCAAAGGAGAGAGUCAGGUGGAGGACGAAACAGAACCUGGACUACUGUUUCCUGAUGAUGUACGCUCAAUCUAAAGGAACUUACUAUGUCCAGCUAGAGGACGAUAUAGUGGCUCGUCCAAACUACUUCACCACUAUGAAGAACUUUGCUCUGCAGCAGCCGUUGGAGGAGUGGAUGAUCCUGGAGUUCUCUCAGCUCGGCUUCAUCGGUAAGAUGUUCAAGUCGCUGGACCUGUCGCUCAUAGUGGAGUUCAUGCUGAUGUUCUACAAAGACAAACCCAUCGACUGGCUGCUGGACCACAUCAUGUGGGUCAAAGUGUGCAAUCCAGAAAAGGAUGCAAAACACUGUGACAGACAGAAAGCCAACCUGAGGAUUCGCUUCAAACCGUCUCUCUUCCAACAUGUCGGCACACACUCGUCUCUGGCUGGAAAAAUACAGAAGCUCAAGGACAAGGACUUUGGGAAACAGACCCUCCAUAAGGGUCAUGCCAACCCACUGGCAGAGGUGACGACCAGCCUGAAGACCUACCAGCACUUCACCCUGGAGAAAGCCUACCUGGGGGAGGACUUCUUCUGGGCCUUCACACCUGUAGCAGGGGACUUCAUACGGAUACGAUUUUUCACACCUGUCCGGAUCGAGAGGUAUUUCUUUCGGAGCGGAAACAUUGAACAUCCAGGAGACAAGCUGUUCAACACGUCAGUGGAGGUUCUGCCAUUCGAUAAUAUCCAGGCAGAAAAAGAGGCCUUGACAGAGGGGAGAGAGAAAACACCAAAGUACCAUCGGACAGAAGACGGAUUCAUCAGAAUAGGAACCUUUCAACACGGGAUCGCAGAGGGCGAGGUGGACCCCACCUUCGGGCCCCUGGAGGCCAUGCGUCUCUCAGUGAUGACGGACUCGCCAGUAUGGGUGAUCCUGAGCGAGAUCUUCAUAAAGAAAGCCGACUGAAGCUUUCCCCCCUCAGCGUUACCUCAGCACCUCCGAGCAUUCAGCUGAGCUGACCGGAGGCUCGUCAGCUGCCGUCCUGCUCCAGUCCUGCUCACCAGAUCCCCACAGUGGUGCCACAGCGCCGCCGUCUGGCUGGACCUCGCCACUGCAGAGCUGAUCAGAUCAGAGACUGACAACACAGAACACACAGACAGACCAAGCAGGAAACACCUGCCUGAUACAACAUGCAAAAAGAGAAAAUCCUCUCAGAUGAUGCUGUAAUUAAUCCUGAAGAGUCUGUAUUUAUGUGUACAUACAGUAAGUCAAUGUUAAACACUGGUAAUUAUGGAGGUAUGGCGAGAGCGCCGCACAGCUUCUGAUGAUGAAACCGCUGCUUCAAAAUCAAAGACUCAAAGGCCUCUUUCUAUCUGCAGUCCGGACCUUUCUGCCAACACUGUCCCAUCGGUACCCACCCACCCCCGCACAGUAACCAUGUAUGUGCGUAUAUGCGUAGAGAUGUACACACUAUCAUAUGAAUGCUCUCUCAGUGUGUUGAUAUGUGUCUGUAGUUGCUGCUUGGGGUUCACAUCUUCUCCCUCCAUCAGUGAAAGAUUUGCCUUAACAAAGAUGAAGAGCAGAAGCGAGCCCCAGACCGAAACAUGUAGCCACAGCAAAUACCCAGACUCCUUUGCUGCAACAUCAGACAUCGCUCAUAUCUUUGUGGCUUUAAACUACUGACAAUGACUGCUGGUAUUUCUUUUUUUUAAAGUGUUUAAGUUUACUGAGGCCUUCACUGACAACUGCUCUGUUCUGCUCUACAGUUCUUUAAUGUACUUCACAGUACUGCACAGUUCUUUAAUGUACUUCACAUUACUGCACAGUUCUUUAAUGUACUUUACAGUACUGAACAGUACUCUAAUGUACUACACCGUACUCUAGUUUCCACUCUGUUGUGCUUCACUGUACUGUAGUUUUCCAGUCCAGUGCAAAAUAGAGAUUCUGCCCAUCUUUUAUUGUUCUUCCAUUUUCAGUCUCUUGUCGUAACCUUUGCUGAAAACUCCUUCCAUAAGUUCAAUUUUCAUUUCUCUGUAAAGACGCUGCCUUUUGCUUCUGGGACUCACACGAGCUACAUGUCAAAGGGUUCCCACGAAAUGCUAAUUAGUUUCCUUUUAACAUUUUCUGCCAGUUAAAUGCUGUUAAAACAAGAAAACAAUGGUUUAGUCUUAAAACAUUCACGUUUCAAACAAAGUCACCUUUAAAUCAACAAACCCACUGAGUUCACAGUAAGUAAUGUGCACCAAUAAUUAAUUUAGGGGAGCAAAUGUGAGUAAUAUAAGAGAACAAAAUUAAUAAUUUAAAAGAGCAAUUUAACAACCUGUUUCCUCUGACACCUCCCAGACUCUGCAGCUCACCUUCUGUCACAUCUAGACUUCAUUCAUUCACACUAUGGAAAACAGUUUGAACACAUGUGAAUUGCGCGUCUUUGGGCUUCAGGAAACAUCCCGACGUUUCUUUUCUUUCUAAGAUGCACUGGAAUGCAUUGCUAUAAUCUUGUGUUUGUCUUUUGUAUCCUUUAGAUAAACUAUUUAAAUGAUCUUCUAUCCAAUCUGUGAAUUGUAAUAAAGACAGAAAUUUAAAUGAG